CAAAAACGUUUGCAAAUCCACCAGGACCCUGCAAAAGAGGUUGGACCGACUUCGCAUCAGGUCACAGCACUGACUCAUAUGGUACCGGGCAUGUUUGCCUGCCCCACCCAAUUUGUCAUUCGCAUCGAAAUACAUCCGCGUGCCGCGUCCGGUGGUAGUGAGCGUGGGAACCGCGUACUGCCGGAACUCCGUCGUCUGUUGGAGAACUUUGCUGUCCUCAACCGUGCUAACAUGUUUUUUCUCAUAGACAGCCAGGAGGCUCGGGCGGAGCACUCUGUAAACACAACUGCGGCGGCGGCGUGUGUACGCCCUCAACGGAUCACCUUCCAUAACCGUCAACAGUUGGGCUCCAGCUAUGCUACUAACCUGUCUACAGCUGCUGGAACCAGAAGACAUGUCUCUGUUCACGACACUCACUCCUCGUCGUCCUUUUACUCCACUUCCUCCUCCUCCCAGAAUCGUACCUUCUACAUGCUUCUGAAGGAGGUUACCGACUCAACUGGCGACUGUUGCCUCUUUCCUGGCCUGGCCGCCAAAGAUGAUCAACCCUGCUCUGCUUCCUCCUCUAGUGGUGUCCAUCUCAUCCGACGCGAAAGCCUACCCGCCAACCUGGAUUUCUUCUUUUCCCGUUGUUGGGAUCAUCCGCACCUGCAGCUGGUCACCCAUUUACCGGCAGACCUGUUUGGUCACACGGUCGCGCAUCUGCAUAUUCCAACGGGUGCCCUGGUGCUAGCUUUUAGUCAGUAUCUCAAGCAGAACCUUCUGCUAUUUACCAAUCAAGUGAAACCUGAGCGGGAGCUGACAGCAUUUCUGCGAGAACGUCUGGGUUGUGGCGAGCUCCUGCUCUACAACCGUCCCCGCGGCCUCGGACUGGCAAAGUCCGGCAUAGCUGCUGUCCUAGUGAGCAUCCUAGAAACCGACCAGACAGGCGAAGUAAGGCCCUACAAAAUCCGUUCCUUUAUCGAACCCCAUGAGUGGUUACAUCGAACCCUGGCCAACUCCACGGAGGCCUUCACAUUUGAUGAACUGUGCGCCCUCCUCUCACACCUUCACUUCUCCUCAGACAACAAAACUGCCACAGAAAGCAAAGACGGGAGUGGCAGCCUGGCACGCGCUCAGGGCAGCCAUCUUUUGACUCGAUCAGCCGCGCCGCCACCCGUAGAGGCCCUAUCCGGACAAUCUAUCGCGACCGCAUGUGCAAGUAGCAGUUUCAUCUCCUCCUACCUCCUAUCUUCACACUCUGUCCAGAUGUCCUCGUAUCUUGCCACUGUCCUUACGCCUUGGUUGGACGUUGCUACCGACCUGAAAACCCCCCUGGUGACAAUAAAGAACUUCUCUUUAAGCUCCCACCUCAGCAUCCGCUUCCUUGUCAGUGAACUGGUGUCCCAGCUGAACCUGCUGGUAGAGGAAGCGAAUGGCGCUUUCGGCGGCGUUCACUCGACCAAGUGUCCAGUCCUGUCGGCCAUGAUGUCUUCUCCAUCCCCUCGGCCGUCCGCCGACCCGCACGCCCGAUCCGCGGCCCAAGAGCUGGUUGGUGGGCAACAGUGGACCAACUUUUCCUUCUCAUCCACCGAAACCGGCACCGCCGAAUCACCACCGCUAACGAAGAUUGCCCCGGGUCAAAGACGUGAAUACCUGAUCAUUGGCAGGAACUACUCUAUUUGCAAGUUCCAGUCGACGCUCGACGUGAUGUAUCACCGCCUGCGUGCUCCCACGACGGGGCAAUGGCGACCUGCUCCGCCAAAGUCUAGAGAGGAGGUCAGAAAACGGUUUUCUAACGUUGGCCAUCCGGAUGCCUCUAGUCUGUCGAUGGGUUUUGUGCGGGCAAGACCAGUUGCGACUUGUCCGGGGCGAGUUCCACUGCAACGUCAGCAGCCGCUGGAGAUACAAAUGCAAGUGUUGCCUGAGCGAACGCCUACGGGUCACGCAAGAGAACACUCGGCCGACCCGAUUAAGGAGCGACAACCGGCUACUGGGUCACUGCAUGGGAACUCGCAAAUCGUCAGCGACCCGACCUCAGCUGUCUCUACUUCGCACGGUGAGCAUUAUUAUCCCUUUGCUUGA